AUGGAGAGUAGUGAGGCAGCAAGGAAUCUAAGAGAUGAUUCUAGGGGCAAGAAUGGGGCAGGACAUGUGGCGAGAAGAAACAAGAAUCCACUAAAGAACAGGAUAGUCAAUGAGGCCUUGUGCCGCUUGCAUGGUUCUGAGAUAGAAGGCCAAGAGAUUGAUAUUGCGAAGAUAGAGACCAUGCUAUUGAACGAUGUAGUUGGAAGUGUUGUGAUUGACAUCCCGGGGAAUGAGAUAGUGCCCGUACUCUGUUUUUUUGAGGGGAAUCUGGGGCUCAAGACCAUUGGAUUUAAGUCGUCGAGCUCCUCUUCAAUGACGGAGAAAGGCUCUAGAGACGUAAGGCCUGGGUCUCCUGGCAUAAAGGAAGAGACGGAUGAUAGGGAAAGAUUUAUAGAAGAAAGGGCAGAUUCUGAUAGAAAAACAAAAAGAAAGAUAGAGGAUGAAAGAAGAACAAGCGGUAGGAAGAGAAAAGAAUUGGCUGAAGACAAAGGUGAAGGCAGCAGCAGGGAGUCUUUGCCCUCUGACACAGAUGAUUGUAGAUAUAGAUAUUUUCUAAGGAGAGUGUUUCCAACGAUGCAAAAGGAUGAUGAGAAGGUUCUGCAAUACAUUACCGACCAAAGAGACAUGCUUUUGAAAAGAACGGAAAGCAACAGAGCCGAGAUUCCUGAGAUUUGCAACAGGCCUGCCAAGGCACCUAUGAAUAUCAUUCCUCACAUUCCAGAGAUUCCGGAAACUGGGUUCACUGAAGAAGAGGACAAGCAGGUUUCUGAGCUUAUCUGCAAGUAUGGAAACAACUUCAAGAAGAUUAAGGAGGCGGCACCCCACUUGGAAACAGGGAAGUGCAUCCUGAAGUAUUAUAUGAUGAAAGACAAGACCUACUCGUACAUAAAGCACAAGUCUGGAAGGAUCUCUGACUCUGAGGUCAAGCUUAUAAUUGAGAGCAGGUGGUCAGAAUAUGAAAGAAACGUAUUUAUUCAGCACUUCAGGAUGUUCGGGAAAUCGUGGGGAAGGUACCAACCACUGAUAAACAAGUCUGAGAAAGACCUAAAGAUGUUUUUCAGAUACUAUAUGAAGUUUGUUCUACCAUCUAGCGAGGGCACAAGUACUGUCGCACUUGCAGCACCAAGAAGGGUUUCUAUCAGCAAAGAGGAUGUGCUGAGGAAAUGGACAAUAGAUGAGAGGCAGGUGUUUGCCAUAUACUUUCCAUACUACAGCAAGAACUGGAUUCUGAUGGCAACAUACUUUCCAUCGAAGACCUCUGGGGAUCUAAGGCAGUACUAUAACAAAUACUACAAGAAUCUCAGCUACAAUGAGCAAAGGCUCGAGGCCAGCCUGCAUGAUUUUGGGCAGGGGGUUACCACGCCGCCUGCAAGACAUGUUGGAAACAUCCGGGAGGAGGUUGUAUUCUGUAGAACGGCUGGUGUUCUGUUCAAGAAAUGA